AUGUAUAUGAUAUAUAGAUGUUGUGUACGACCGGGAUUAAGGAGGAGAAGGGAGAGAAAGGAGAAGAAAGAGAGGGUACGGAAGGAGAGUGAAGAAAGGAGGGAAAGGGAAGAGAGGGAGAAAGAGAUUAGGAGGUUGAGGGAGGAGAAGGAGGUGUUGGGGAGGGAGAGGGAGAGGUGGAUAAGUGCGAGAGGGGGGAGAGGGGAGGGGUCGUGGGAGGAGGUGGGGUUGGGUGAGAGGGUGUGA